GUCGGCCCAGCUCCGGAAGCUGCUGCUGCCCACCCCACUGACGUGUCGCGGCAGCGAGACGUGUCGCGAAGAGUCACGGUGGAACUUACCUACGGUGUACAGAUCUGGCGCUUUACGCUGCUAGGCACUGCUGAGCUGGGAGAUGUCGGCUGCGGGCAGGGUGGAGCCCUUGGGUCCUCCCGGCAGCUUUGCGAAGCGGCUCCUGGUGACCGGGGGUGCUGGUUUCAUCGCAUCACAUGUGAUUGUCUCUUUAGUACAAGAUUAUCCGAACUAUAUGAUCAUAAAUCUAGACAAGCUGGAUUACUGUGCAAGCUUGAAGAAUCUUGAAACCAUUUCUAACAAACAAAACUACAAAUUUAUACAGGGUGACAUAUGUAAUUCUCACUUUGUGAAACUGCUUUUUGAAACAGAGAAAAUAGAUAUAGUGCUACAUUUUGCUGCGCAAACACAUGUAGAUCUUUCAUUUGUACGUGCCUUUGAGUUUACAUACGUUAAUGUCUACGGCACUCAUGUUUUGGUAAGUGCUGCUCAUGAAGCCAGAGUGGAGAAAUUUAUUUAUGUUAGCACAGAUGAAGUGUAUGGAGGCAGUCUUGAUAAGGAAUUUGACGAAUCUUCACCCAAACAACCUACAAAUCCAUAUGCAUCAUCUAAGGCAGCUGCUGAGUGUUUUGUACAGUCUUACUGGGAACGAUAUAAAUUUCCAGCUGUCAUCACACGAAGCAGUAAUGUUUACGGACCACAUCAAUAUCCAGAAAAGGUUAUUCCAAAAUUUAUAUCUUUACUACAACACAACAGGAAAUGCUGCAUCCAUGGAUCAGGGCUUCAAACGAGAAAUUUCCUUUAUGCUACCGAUGUAGUAGAAGCAUUUCUCACUGUCCUCAAGAAGGGGAAACCAGGUGAAAUUUAUAACAUCGGAACCAAUUUUGAAAUGUCAGUUCUCCAGCUUGCCAAAGAACUAAUACAACUGAUCAAAGAGACCAAUUCAGAGUCUGAAAUGGAAAACUGGGUGGAUUAUGUUAAUGAUAGACCUACCAAUGACAUGAGAUAUCCAAUGAAGUCAGAAAAAAUACAUGGUUUAGGAUGGAGACCCAAAGUGCCUUGGAAAGAAGGAAUAAAAAAGACAAUUGACUGGUACAGAGAGAAUUUUCACAACUGGAAGAAUGCAGAAAAGGCAUUGGAACCCUUUCCAGUACAACCACCGUUUGUAUAGUCAAGACAGUUUUCAGAGAAAGAAGAAAAUUAUCCUACCUCCACAAGCCAUGGGAAACCAAGUGACCAAAAGGUGUCCUCUUUUCUUUUGGAAUUAGAUUCAUGACUUUUUGCAUAAAAUUCGAAUGCAAAACACCUCAAUCUUUAGAAUAGGUGUGGUGCUGGCAUAGGAUUUAAAUUUCAAGAUUCUUUCCAAAAACCUUUCUCCUGAAAGUUAGGCACCAGAAGGCCUAGAAAGACCUUUCGUAGGAAGGGGCCAGGAAAAUGGAAUCUCAUGGUUCUGAGAACAAGGACCGAGCCCAGUUCUGCGCUGACGACAGCCUUCGCGGGCCCUGAACUCAGUUGCCCGACCUUCCCCACUGCCUACAAAGUCUCUCAAGUUUCCAUUUUUAGGCAACAUAGGAUGAGCUGUCUGUCCUCAUUCAUCUUUUUUAUUAAAGGUCUGAUAUGCUAUAAUUGCUUUAAAAGUGGAACAAUGGAAGCAUAUCUAGCACUUUUUAACUUUAGAUAAUUUUGUAAAAUUAAGUUAAAUGUUUUUUAAAAGAAGGAUGUAGUUUUUACAUUUUCAAAAUCAGUUGUUGGACUAUAUAUGAGUAAUCUCAUAUGAGAGAUUUUUAUCAUGUAUUUGCCAUUUAUAAUGAUUUUAUUUAUAAAAGUAUCACUAUUGUAACAUA